AUGGCUGCUUCUCUGAGACAGAUGUUUCUGCGUGUGCUCUGUGGUGGGGCGCCUCCCCGGGCGUCCUGUGGGGGCGACCCCGGUCACGUGGGCGGUGUGGAGGCUGAGGAAGCGCCCCUGAUGGAGGGGUUUCUGUUUAAGAGGACCAGGAGUGUGUUUAAAACCUGGAACAGGCGGUGGUUCAUCAUAAAGAACAAUCAUCUUCUCUACAAGAAGAGGUUUAAGCGUGACUUCACCGUGCUGGCUGAAGACCUGCAGCGCUGUUCGGUCCAGAGCUGCGAGGACGCCGGGCGGCGCUUCUGCUUCCGGGUGGUCACGCCCACAAGGAGCUGUACGUUCCAGGCCGACUGUGAGGCAGGUAGACGGGCGUGGAUCAGCGCCAUUCAGAAACUGACUGAGAGAGAAGAAUCAGUCGAGAGCGAGCAGGAAUCAGAAGGGGACGAGAAUGAUUCGGAAUCAGAUUCCUCGAGCGAGCAGACAGUCUCCCAGGGACCACGAGUGUCUUCUGAAGCUCCAGGUGGGAUCAGUUCUGGAGGAGUCGUCUGUGAUGCUCCCGAGAACAAGGAUGCUGAAGGAGAAACCACCAACGGAGAAGGUCAAGAGGAAAAGACGACGGACACGAACCCGGACAGCCAAUGCGGUUCAGUCUAUGAAGGAGACCAUAAGGCGGAUGGGAACCAGGUUGAGGUGCCAUGCAGUGUACCCGAGACGGACGACAUCUCAGAGGGAACGUCACUUGUGUUUGAGGACAGCUCCGAGCUGCACAAGUGCUAUGAGGUUCACGAAAUCAUUGGAUCAGGUGGUUAUGCGAUGGUCAAGCUCGGCAGGCACAUUCUGACUGAAGAGCAAGUGGCUAUCAAGAUCCUGGAGAAGAAAGAGCUCGGGGAUGAGUUGUCAGAUAUGAGGAUAGAGAUCGAAGCCCUGAAGAACCUCAAUCAUCAGCAUGUGUGCUGCUUGUACCAAGUCGUGGAGACAGCUGACCAGAUCUACAUGGUGCUUGAGUUUUGUCCGGGUGGAAAUCUGUUAGACCACAUCGAAAAUAACGACAGGUUGUCGGAGGAGGAGACGCGCAGGAUCUUCCGUCAGAUCGUCUCUGCGCUGGCGUACAUCCACAGCCAGGGAUAUGCUCACCGUGACCUUAAGCCAGAAAACAUGAUGCUGGAUGAGAAGAACAACAUCAAGCUCAUCGACUUUGGUCUCUGUGCCAAACCAGAGGGUGGAUUGGGUACUGCUCUGACUGACGGCUGUGGAACCCCUCCCUACUUGGCACCAGAAGUCAUUGAUGAGCAAACCGUUCUUGGUGCAGAGGCAGAUGUUUGGAGCUUGGGUGUUGUCCUAUAUGACAUGCUGUGUGGCUACCUCCCGUUCGACGGUGACGACUUUGAGGAGCUCCAUGAACAAAUCACUAAAGGACAUUUUGAAUCUCCUGACUGGCUGUCUCCUGGUUCUGUACUGCUGAUUAAGCAAAUGCUGCAGGUGGUUCCAGAGCAGCGCAUAAAGGUGGAGCAUCUGCUGGAUCACGAGUGGGUCAUGACGGGGUACAGCAGCCCUGUGGAAUGGCACAGCACAUGCCAGCUGGAUCAUCUAGAUGAGGAGAGCAUCGCCGAGAUGGCUGUGAUGUUCAGACAGUCCAACCCAAGCACCAAGCAGCUGGUGUCUGAGUGGAAGUUUGAUCAGACCACAGCUACGUAUCUUUUGCUUCUGAGAAGGAAGCAUCGCAGUAGUCCAGUGUGUAGCUGAGCGGACGUGUAAGAAAUGCAGCAGGAGACGUCGUCGGUGUGACAAGGAGGGACGAUGGUGGCGCCAUCCAAUCAGGACACAUUACAUCUCAAUUUCACAUUUCAGUGAUUGUUGCAGAUGUUUCUCUCUAACCCAUCCUCUCUCUUUCUCUUCUGUUACCAGAACGAUGCAUUUUGGGUAUCUGUGUGUGACUGGUUAGAGGAACUCCACUGAGAUGCUGCCCUUGUUGAUCCACACAGUUGUAUGAGAAGUGUAGAACAUGGAUGAGCAGGAUCAACAAGCCUCAAGAUCUUAUAACAUUAAAUAAUAAAUAAAUAAACUCACUUAAUA